CACACAUAUAGUUAUAUAACAUACAAUAUAAUAAUAGAUUCGUAAUAAUUUAUAUAUAAUCAUAUUCCACUUUUUCCUCAACUGCAGUUUUGGGAGCAUCUGCUCUCUUUUCUGCUCUCUCUGAUCAUCCUACCAAGCUCUCAAUUAUAUUGCCACUUUCUAAAACUAUAUUUGGCGGCAAAUAUAUCAAACCUACUAAUCGAUAGUAAUAGUAAACCGGUUAAAAUGAACACGGGUGAUAAAGAAAUGGCCGAGGCAUCCACUUCUGGUGGCGACGGUGCACAAGACACCGGUUUGUCCAAAGAAAAAGAAACGGAGAAAACAGAAACUGUCCCGUUUUAUAAGCUAUUUUCUUUUGCGGAUUCCACUGAUUACAUAUUGAUGAUUGUUGGUACGAUUGGUGCCAUGGCUAAUGGAGUAAGUAUGCCACUCAUGACUAUUCUUUUCGGCGAUCUUAUUAACUCUUUUGGUGAGAAUCAGAAUAAUGAUGAAGUGGUUGAUGCGGUUACCAAGGUAGCGCUGAAAUUCGUUUACCUUGGUAUUGGGUGUGGGAUUGCAGCAUUUCUCCAGGUGACAACGUGGAUGAUAACGGGAGAAAGACAGGCUGCAAGAAUUAGAAAUCUGUAUCUAAAAACAAUUUUGAGACAAGAUAUUUCCUUCUUUGACAAGGAAACAAAUACAGGGGAAGUAGUAGGUAGGAUGUCAGGUGACACUGUCCUUAUACAAGAUGCAAUGGGAGAGAAGGUUGGAAAAUUCACACAGCUAGUGUCAACAUUUGUGGGAGGUUUCGUGAUAGCAUUCAUUAAAGGAUGGCUUCUUACACUUGUCAUGUUAAGCUCGAUUCCUCCAAUGGUGAUAUCUGGUGCAAUUAUGUCGAUAACAAUAGCAAAGAUGGCAUCAACGGGCCAAGCUGCUUAUGGUAAAGCAGCCGUUGUAGUCGAACAAUCUGUUGGCUCAAUCAGGACGGUUGCUUCUUUCACCGGGGAGAAAAAAGCUGUGGCUGAUUACAAUAAAUCCCUUGUAAACGCUUAUAAUUCUAGCGUUCAUGAAGGCCUGGCUACUGGUCUUGGUCUCGGGUCGAUGAUGCUCAUCAUAUUCUGUAGUUAUGCACUGGCUGUUUGGUAUGGUGCAAAGUUGAUAAUCGAAAAGGGGUACUCUGGUGGGACUGUGAUUACUGUGAUGUUCUCUGUGCUAACUGGAUCCAUGUCUCUGGGGCAGGCGUCUCCAUGUUUGAGUGCAUUUGCUUCAGGCCAGGCAGCAGCUUUUAAAAUGUUUGAAACUAUAAACAGAAAGCCUGAAAUAGAUGCAUAUGACACAAAAGGCAAAGUAUUGAGUGAUAUUCGUGGCGAUAUUGAUUUGAAAGAUGUAUAUUUCACGUAUCCAGCAAGACCAGACGAGGAAAUAUUUAGUGGGUUCUCUCUUAGUAUCACAAGUGGCAUGACUGCAGCUUUGGUCGGUCAAAGUGGAAGCGGGAAAUCAACUGUGAUUAGCUUAAUAGAGAGAUUUUACGAUCCUCAAGCCGGGGAAGUGCUUAUUGAUAAUAUUAAUCUAAAAGAAUUCCAGCUUAAGUGGAUUAGAGAGAAAAUUGGUCUCGUUAGCCAAGAACCGGUUCUGUUUACAUCGAGCAUUAAGGACAAUAUUAUGUAUGGGAAAAAUGGUGCAUCUAUGGAUGAGAUUAGAGUUGCAGUUGAGCUCGCAAAUGCUGCCAAAUUUAUAGACAAACUCCCUCAGGGACUAGAUACCAUGGUCGGUGAGCAUGGAACACAACUUUCUGGUGGACAGAAGCAAAGAAUUGCCAUAGCCAGAGCGAUUCUGAAAGAUCCUCGAAUCCUUCUUUUAGAUGAAGCAACUAGUGCACUUGAUGCAGAAUCUGAGAGAGUUGUGCAGGAAGCGUUGGACAGGAUAAUGGUAAAUAGAACAACUGUCAUUGUGGCACAUCGUCUAAGUACAGUCAGAAAUGCCGACAUGAUUGCAGUGAUUCAUCGUGGAAAGAUGGUUGAAAAAGGAUCACAUUCCGAGCUACUCCAGGAUCCAGAAGGAGCAUAUUCUCAACUUAUAAAAUUGCAAGAGAUUAAUCGUGAAUCAGGACAACAUGGCUCAGACAACCAAGAUAUGGAACUCAGGAAACUGUCAAGCCGAAAGUCAUCCUACCAGCGGUCAAUAAGCAGGGGGUCAUCUAGCAGUCGCCGCCACUCAAUGAAUAUCUCCUUUGGUGGUGUGCCUACACAAAUUAGUGUCCCUUCAGGUGAGUCUAUGGAGACUGAAAAGGAUCAACCUUCCGAAAAACCUCCCAAAGUCCCAAUCCGAAGGCUUGCCUAUCUCAAUAAGCCAGAAGUUCCGAUAAUCAUAUUGGGUGCAAUAGCCGCAAUUGUAAAUGGAACACUCUUCCCAAUUUUUAGCAUAAUGCUCACUGGCAUGAUCAAGACCUUCUUUGAACCACCUAAGGAAAUGAAAAGUGACGCAAGAUUCUGGGCUCUAAUGUUCAUAGUCCUGGGAGUGGUAUCAUUUUUGGCUCAUCCUGGGAGAUCUUACUUUUUUGCUAUUGCUGGAUCUAAGCUAAUAAGAAGAAUCAGAUCGUUAUGCUUCGAAAAGGUGAUUAACAUGGAGGUUGGUUGGUUUGAUAAGCCAGAAAACUCAAGUGGUGCAAUUGGUGCAAGGCUGUCAACAGAUGCAGCCAAUGUUCGUGGUUUGGUCGGAGAUGCACUUGCUCAGCUUGUUCAAGAUUUAACGUCGGCAAUUACUGGUUUAGUAAUAGCUUUUACAGCGUGCUGGCAGUUGGCUCUUAUAAUUUUAGGCCUCAUUCCCCUUAUAAGUGCUAAUGGAUAUGUUCAAAUGCAAUUCUUGAAAGGGUUCAGUGCAGAUGCUAAGAAGAUGUAUGAGGAAGCAAGUCAGGUGGCAAAUGAUGCAGUUGGAAGUAUAAGGACGGUGGCUUCUUUUUGUGCAGAAGAAAAAAUGAUGGAACUUUAUAGAGUUAAAUGUGAGGGUCCCAAGAAAACAGGGAUUAAACAAGGUUUGAUCAGUGGGAUUGGGUUUGGAGUGUCGUUUUUCCUACUUUUCUGUAUGUAUGGAGCCAGCUUUUAUGCUGGUGCUCGGUUUGUUGAGGCUGGAAAGACUACAUUCACAGAUGUAUUCAGGGUCUUCUUUGCUUUGACUAUGGCAGCCAUAGCUAUAUCUCAGUCAAGCUCGUUUGCCCCAGAUACAAGUAAAGCCAAAAGUUCUGCAGCAUCAGUUUUCGCUAUUCUAGAUAGAAAGUCGGAGAUUGACCCGAGUGAUGAAUCAGGUGUGACUUUAGACACAGUCAAGGGUGAAAUUGAGCUCCAUCACAUUAGCUUUAAGUAUCCAACCAGACCCGAUGUUGAGAUAUUUCGUGAUCUAUGUUUGACCAUCCAUAGUGGCAAGACAGUGGCGUUGGUUGGUGAAAGUGGAAGUGGGAAGUCAACAGUUAUCCAACUCCUACAAAGAUUUUACAAUCCAGAUUCGGGUUCUAUCACGCUAGAUGGUGUUGAGCUACAAAAGUUUCAACUCAAGUGGCUCAGAAUGCAAAUGGGCCUGGUGAGCCAAGAGCCAGUGUUGUUCAAUUACACCAUCGGGGCUAACAUUGCUUAUGGAAAAGAUGGUGAUGCCACCGAGGCUGAAAUAAUUGCUGCUUCUGAGUUGGCCAAUGCCCACAAGUUCAUCAGUGGGUUACACCAGGGUUACAAUACCAUGGUAGGGGAAAGAGGAGUGCAAAUGUCGGGUGGCCAGAAGCAAAGAGUAGCAAUAGCCAGAGCCAUUGUCAAAAGUCCAAAGAUACUAUUGUUGGAUGAGGCUACAAGCGCACUGGAUGCCGAGUCAGAAAGAGUGGUUCAAGAUGCAUUGGAUCGGGUCAUGGUUAACAGGACCACAGUGGUAGUUGCUCAUCGAUUGACAACGAUCAAGAAUGCAGAUGUGAUUGCAGUGGUAAAGAAUGGAGUGAUUGUUGAGAAAGGAAAGCAUGAAAAACUUAUCAAUAUCAAGGACGGGUUCUAUGCAUCUUUAGUUGCACUUCACAUGAGCUCUAAUCAUUAGCUAUAGUUGAGUCAGUGCACUUCUUUUAUUUAUUUGUUUAAUAUCAGCAAGCACAUACAACAUGUAUUUCAAUUUUUCAAUUUCUUUUUUGUAAUAUCUAAAUAUGUAUGGAUUUAAAACAGUUGCUUAUCCCUAGAAAUUUGUAACCUUAUCGGAGGAUGUCAUUGGAGAAUGAAUUUCUAAAAAUGGAAA